AUGCCAAUUAAGUCGCGCUUUUCCGUCACGGUUCCCAACUGUUCUAUACAGCAAUGGGUUUUCGGCUCUCCUUCCGGUCCUAUCUCCAGCAACAAGGCUUGGAUCGACCCCGAUCGCCCUGAGACACACUAUCUGACCUACUCCGAUGCCCGUCUUCUCGCCAAGCGCAUCGCCGUUGGCCUAAUAGACAAUGGCCUCAAGCCAGGUGACCGCGUGCUUCUUAUUGCGGGCAAUAGCAUCUUCUUCCCAGCCAUUGUGUUUGGAAUAUGGAUGGCCGGUGGCGUCUUUACAGGGGCAGGUCCGAGUUCGGUCAGCCGAGAGUUGGCCUUUCAGAUCAAGGAUAGCCAAGCCUCCUUCAUGAUUGCUGCCGAGGAAGUUCUGGAUGUUUCAUUGGAUGCCGCGACUCAAGCAGGCAUGAAGAGUGAUCAAGUCUUCAUGUUUGACUCGACAUGGCCAGACUCGCCAGUUCUUGAAGCUGAGCCUCGCAAGGGCAGUCGUCACUGGACUGAACUCAUAUCGUCCAAGGCAAAGGGUGAAGAGUUUGUAUGGGCUGAGCCAAACGAUUCCAAGAAUGUCACUUGCACUCUCAACUAUAGCUCAGGGACGACUGGAAUGCCCAAAGGCGUUGAAAUAUCGCACUACAAUCACGUUGCGAAUGGCCUCGGAGUCGUUAGCUUUCAGAAACUCAAUCAAGAGUACGAAGCUCGCACCCGCCGUGCUGCCGCUCUCUGCUUUCUGCCGAUGUAUCACGCCUUUAGUCAAGGCUACUUCAUCACUUGCUUCCCCUACGAGCGGAUACCCGUCUAUGUUAUGCCCUCGUUCGACUUCCCCAAGAUGCUUGCUCACAUUCAGAACUUGCGCAUCACUAAGCUCCUCGCCGUCCCGCCCAUUCUCAUUCUCAUGUCCAAACAUCCGCUGGCCCGGCGCGCUGACCUUAGCAGCAUCGACAUGAUUGCCUCCGGAGCGGCGCCGCUAGCAAAGGACACACAGCGUGAGAUCAACAGCAUGAUGCCCCAAGGCGUCUCAGUUGUGCGGCAAGGCUGGGGCAUGACGGAAGCGACCUGCACAGCACUGUCGUGGGACCCCAACAAGCCCUCCAGCUCUGCGGUUGGUGAACUCAUGCCUGACUGCCAGGCAAGGUUGACCGACAUCGAGACGGGGGCCGAGAUCACGACUGCGAACACUUCGGGUGAGCUCUGGAUCACGGGUCCCACGGUGAUGCGCGGGUACUGGCGCAAUCCUACUGCAACACAGGAAGCCUUCGUCUUGGACCCGGAUGGAACUCGAUGGCUUCGCACAGGAGACGUUGCUUACGUGGAGGAGUAUACACAGGGAACUCUCUUUCACAUCGUCGAUCGGGUGAAGGAGUUGAUCAAGGUCAAGGGGUUCCAGGUCGCUCCAGCCGAACUCGAGUCCAUCCUCCUGGAGCGAGAGGAUGUCGCUGACGCUGCUGUCAUCGGAGCCGUUAUCGAUGGCGAAGAACUGCCGCGCGCUUACAUCGUUAAGACGCCCAGUGGCAAGGAUACGACGGAACAGGCCAUCGCCGACUGGCUGGCCACGCGUGUAGCCAGACACAAACGACUCAGGGGCGGCGUGGUGUUUGUCGAUGCCAUACCCAAGAUUCCUUCUGGCAAGAUUCUCCGCAAGGCGCUCCGCGAGUGGGCUCAGCGCGAGGUUAACGACGGCCGAGAGGUGCGCGCCAAGCUGUAG